CCUCUUCCUCCUCCCCUCCCCCUCCCUCUUCCUUCUUCUUCUUCUUCUACUUCUUCUACUUCUCUGGCUCUGCAGGCAUUGUUGCCCGUUGCUUUGGGGGUCAUUGAGGGUCAUUUGCUCGAGCUCUAUCCUCGCGUUUUCUCCCUGAGCUUCUUAUCCGUACGCUUCCAUCUAUUGCGAGCCAUGUUGGGAGUGCGUCGCCUCGCCGCCGCAAGGUCCAUUGCUGCGCGUGCGGUGCUUGCGGCAGGUCCAUCCACACAGACAGCUUCUUCGUUGCUCCAGACUGUGGCGACGCCACGGCAAAAAAGUACAAGCGUGGUCAAUGCAACUUCUGCGCGCACUUCGCCACGAUGGGCGCCCGCGCGCGGGUUGACAUUUGAAGACCACCACUACGAUGGCAUGCCCGUCACCCCUUCCACGGUGGCCGAGGGGCUGCAGCUUGAAAAUGCCGAGCGCUGUCCGUUCUUGUCCGAGGUCAAGCAUACCAUUGAACAAGAUCUGAUCCAAGACCAGAGUGCCAACGUCGCAAGUGCUGACCCCGAAGUCGCCACCAACGGCAUGCGUUCCAUCAUUGCCGGGUGUCUUCAAAACGUUCUGAAUCGCCUCAAGGCCGAGGAACGCUAUCGCGAAUUUCGCUAUCUCAAACGCUCCGUAGGCAGCCACCCCGAAGUAUUGUGGCAAAUGCCCAGCGCACAAGGCCAAGGAGACUCGGUCGUCAAGACUGUCGUCAACUGGUGCUCCAACGACUACCUCAACAUGGGUCACCACCCAGCUGUGCUCCAGGCCAUGCAAAACACGCUGGCGGAACAGGGUGCCGGUGCCGGUGGGACUCGUAACAUCUCCGGCUCCAAUGUUUUGCAUGUCGAGCUCGAAGCCGAGCUGGCGAAUCUGUCCGGCACCGAGAAUGCUCUCCUCUUUCAGUCCUGCUACACUGCCAACUUGGGCGUCUUUGAAGGCUUGCACGCAUCACUCGGUGACAAGACGAUGAUUUUUUCCGAUCAAGAGAACCACGCUUCUCUGGUACAGGGCAUCCGCAACACCCGACUGCCCAAGCGCAUCUUUCGUCACAACGACGUUGGUCACCUUGAAGAACUGCUGCGCGCCGCCCCUGAUGACCAUCACAAGGUUGUCGUUUUCGAGACAGUGUACUCCAUGUCGGGCACCCGGGCUCCGCUUGCCGACCUGAUGGCGCUCUGCAAGGAGCAUGGUGCCAUGACCGUCGUCGACGAGGUGCAUGCUGUCGGCCUGUACGGCCCUCACGGUGCUGGCGUACUCGAGGAGGAAGGCUUCUUGGGACAGGCUGACAUUGUCACUGGCACGCUGGGCAAGGCGUUUGGUACCACUGGCGGCUACGUGGCUGCCAACCACGACAUUAUUGACGUCAUUCGCUCCACAGCCCCCUCCUUCAUUUUUACCACCUCCAUGUCUCCUGUCAUGGCAGCUGGUGCGCUGGCUUCGGUGCAGACUGUCCGCAGUGAUUCACGCGAUCGACGCCAGAUGCUGGCCACAGCCAACUGGCUGAAAAGUCGGAUGCUCGAGGAGGGCAUCCCACUCAUGUCAGCUGAAACCCACAUCAUGCCUGUCCUGGUCGGCGAUGGCAACACUUGCAAGGCCAUGGCAGACCAUCUCCUUGAACAGGGCAUUUAUGUCCAGCCCAUCAACUUUCCUUCCGUUCCCAAGGGUGAAGAGCUCUUGCGCUUCACCGCCUCCCCUCGCCACACUGACGCGCAUUGCAACCAGCUUUUGUCAGUGCUCAAGGACCUUUGCGCCAAACAUGGUCUCCUUCGCGCGCCGCGCAACGCCGCGGCCACGCCGCAGCCCACCAGCGACGGUGCACACGCCUGCAUCUGCGUGCGUCGUCAGGGCGACUGUACCACCGAUUCAUGCCCGGCUCUUAUGCGAGCAACAGCAUGAGUUGUACCCGCACUACACUUAGGACAGGACACGGUUCACCGGCGGCUUGAUGCUGGCGCGUGCUUUUUUUUUUCCCGUGACCUUGGCAUACCGUUGUGGUCAAGCCAGUUCCAGCUGCUGGUCUCUGCUUGGAUGCAUUGUUUUUGACUCUGCCUGGCAGUCUUUAAUCUGAACCGCUUCUUACUUACCAUGUCAUCUGUAUCUUUCUCCAUGAGAAGUAUGAUUUGGUUUGUUCUCCUUUUUUUUUUCUGGUCGAGUCUGUGACUCUGGUUCUGCUGUCAUUAAUCGAUUUUCCCUGCGU